CUCCUUUUCCCUUCACACCUCAGAACCAUGUCAGGGUUUUUGGACAGCAUCCGCUGCGGAGACUGCGAGUGCAAUGUGGACUGGGGAGAGAGGCGAAACACCAUUGCAUCUAUAGCUGCUGGAGUCCUGGUAUGUUCUACUCUACUAUCACAUUUGACAACUUUACAUCACUGUAAAGUGAGAAAGAAGGCGUAUUCCUAAAUCCUAAUCCAUAUUCCUGCAGUUCUUCACUGGUUGGUGGAUAAUCAUUGAUGCAGCUGUGAACUAUCCCGAUGAGGCAACUUUCCAUCACGCCUAUCACACCUGUGGAGUCAUCGCUACUGUGGCCUUUCUCAUGUAAGUCACGCUGUUGUGAAUGUGUCCACCAAGGUUGGGGUCAGUCCCAUUUUGAAUUCAGUCUGUUGAAAUUCUCCUUGAAAAUAAAUUGAGCUUUUUAAUAUUUUGUCUUUGGUACUUAUCUAGGAUCAAUGCUGUCUCGAAUGGCCAGGUGAGAGGGGACAGCUACAGUGAAGGUUGCAUUGGACAGACAGGUAUGAGAUAAUGGAAUAAUCCUAACUGCAUUCCUUCAAGUUAAGAUUCAGCCCUAAAUGCAAAAUGAUGUAGAUAAGUUAAGCUCUGAGCUGCGGCGCUCGCUUUAUGUGUAUGGAUUGUUUUGACCUUUGCAGUAACAUGAUUGACCUAAUUCUGUGUUUAAAUUAUGUUUUCCCAAAAUCCAGAAAAUCCCAAGUGAUUACAUACGUUGAAACUAGUUCAGUGGAGUUUCCCUCUCUCUCUCUCUCCCUGUAGUGCUGUACUGAAACAGCUGCAAAAACGGGAGCCGUGACAUUGCUGAAUGCAGGCCUCGCUCUGUGGACAAGCUCUUUGUUUUAUUGAAAGCGUACGGCCGAAUGAGCUAUUUUUGUCAAAAGUACUAUCAGUUUUGAGUCAGGGAAUGUGUACUUUUCCGACAACGUGGAAAAAGAGAUGGCAGCAAGAGUAAAGCUGGUGUUCGGUGCUGGCUUUACAUUAUGCAGGAAAUCAAGGGAAGAAGGCACCAAAUUUCACGUUUUUCCGAUAAAAGAUACGGAGAGAUGCAGAAGAUGGUUAAUAGCAAUUAGAAAUAGUAAAUAUGACGUAAAUACUCCUGCAGCCCACUUUGCAUCGCUGUGUGUGUAGCAAGCACUUCAGUGACGAUGCAUAUGAACGAGAUAUGCAAACUGAAAUGAUGGGGACAGAAAACUGAAGGAUACAGCUGUUGCUGUAUUUCCAUGGGCUGGAUCUGGCGCAGUGCCAAAAUACAAAGGCACGUUUGAGAAGAGAAAGCGACAAAGCAAGUGUGCCUAGCCUGAUUCUUGACAUUCGAGGUGUUCUAAUUGUGUUAUUAAUUGCACCAUAUCAUGUAGACAAACUUUUGUAUAUAUAGUGUAUGCGGACACCCCUUCAAAUUAGUGGAUUCGGCUAUUUCAGCCACACCCGUUGCUGACAGGUUUAUAAAAUCGAGCACACACACAGCCAUGCAAUCUCCAUAGACAAACAUUGGCAGUAGAAUGGCCUUACUGAAGAGCUAAGUGACAUUCAACGUGGCACCGUCAUAGGAUGCCACCUUUCCAACAAGUCUGUUCGUCAAAUUUCUGCCCUACUAGAGCUGCCCGGUCAACUGUAAAUGCUGUUAUUGUGAAGUGGAAACGUCUAGCAGCAACAACGGCUCAGCCGCGAAGUGGUAGGCCACACAAGCUCACAGAAUGGGACUGUGUAGCACGUAAAAAUCAUCUGUCCUCAGUUGCAACACUCACUACAGAGUUCCAAACUGCCUCUGGAAGCAACAUCAGCACAAGAACUGUUCAUCAGGAGCUUCACGAAAUGGGUUUCCAUGGCCAAGCAGGCGCACACAAGCCUAAGAUCACCAUGCACAAUGCCAAGCGUCGGCUGGAGUGGUGUAAAGCUCUCCGCCAUUGGACUCUGGAGCAGUGGAAACGCGUUCUCUGGAGUGAUGUUUCACGCUUCACCAUCUGGCAGUCCGAUGGACAAAUCUGGGUUUGGCGGAUGCCAGGAGAACGCUACCUGACCCAAUGCAUAGUGCCAACUGUAAAGUUUGGUGGAGGAGGAAUAAUGGUCUGGGGCUGUUUUUCAUGGUUUGGGCUAGGCCCCUUACCUCCAGUGAAGGGAAAUAUUAACGCUACACCAUACAAUGACAUUCUAGACGAUUCUGUGCUUCCAACUUUGUGGCAACAGUUUAGGGAAGACCCUUUCCUGUUUCAGCAUGACAAUGCCCCCGUGCACAAAGCAAGGUCCAUACAGAAAUAGUUUUUUGAGAUCGGUGUGGAAGAACUUGACUGGCCUGCACAGAUCCCUGACCUCAACCCCAUCGAACACCUUUGGGAUGAAUUGGAACGCUAACUGCGAGCCAGGCCUAAUCGCCCAAUAUCAGUGCUUGACCUCACUAAUGCUCUUGUGGCUGAAUGGAAACAAGACCCCGCAGCAAUGUUCCAACAUCUAGUGGAAAGCCUUCACAGAAGAGUGGAGGCUGUUAUAGCAGCAAAGGGGGGACCAACUCCAUAUUAAUGGCCAGGAUUUUGGAAUGAGAAGUUCGAUGAGCAGGUGUCCACAUACUUUUGGUAAUGUAGUGUAGGCUUAGGUGCACUACAUGUUAGCAUAUGUGCCCUAUGUAUUUUUGACGGGGGGGGGGGGGGGGGGGGGGAGGGUUGAGAGACAAUAGACAUUGUGUCACCUUGCAUUGCAGAAUAGAAUAUCCCUAAAACAUUGUGGUCCCGCUCAUAGAGGUUUAUGAAAAGUGAUAAUUCAAUAAAGUAAAGUAGCUACUAACUCGUUAGAUGACUGUCCAUUUGGCCCAGCUGGAACAGGGGUGCGUCUCCAAUUCGUUUUCGGAAUAUAAAAACAACUUUACAGGACACCGGAGUUUGUGGGUAGCAAAAUAUGUGUAUGCGACCAAUACAAUUUCAUUUGAUUCUAAAUCCCCUUGAUUUCAAAAAGUAAAUGAACUGCUCCUCAUCAUUAUGUUCCUCCAUUUCUGUAAGAAUUGUAGUCACAUAGUCAAAUUGUCUGCAGUACAAACAUUCCUCAUUCGCGGCAUUGGAGCGUAAUUGCCACAACUGGACCACCAGUCUGUGUUGAUCCUGGAGAUGGGUUGACGCUGUGGUCCAGCUACUGCUAUGCUUCGGUAGCUAGAGCAGCCGCGGUCAUCAGAAGCUCAAUUUGCCUUAAUUCUUUGUCCGAAUACUCAGGCUCAAAUAAAUACGGUUCAACAACACUGUCGGCACCCCUCCAGUAGUUUUCUUCGUCACUCGCUAAUAUUUCCUCAUCAGACAUACAGUAUAUUUGUAGGUUGUUGAUUCCUUUUUUAUAACUAAUGUGUAACGCUGUCUUCUCUUCUCCACCGGAAAAAAAAAGUGCGUCUGUGAAUAAGGGCAUUACGUGCAGUUUCUACGUAGCUUGGAUUUCCCAGAGAGCGCACAUGCACAAUUGUUACCCACCGCCGCUGCUGUGGCGGUCGGCUACAUAAAAUAAUAUAAGAUAUUCGCAAAUGUUUUUUGUAGUACUUUGGACAAAAAGCUAAUUCGGCCGUACUCUUUCAAUAAAACAACCAAUUAAUCCACACUGGGCGGAUUUCUGAAUCAUGAAUUCACUGGCAACGGAGCAAAGCGAGGCCUGCAUCCAGCAACGUCACGAGUCAUAUGACCCAUUUUUGCAGCUCUUUUAGCACAGCACUAGGGAGAGAGGGCAAACUCUACUGAACUAGUUUAAAUGUAUGGAAUCACUUGGGAUUUUCUGGAUUUUGGAUAAACUUCUCCUUUAAUUGGAUUUUGGGGGCCCAGAAGCUGGUUGACUUCUGUUGUGACUUUUUGCUCUUACAAUACACACACACACACCCACAUACAGUUGAAAUAAAAGAUAGAGCUUCAGACCCUAAUGAAUCCCUUCCACCUCGUUGUAUCACUGAUUGCAGGAGCUCGUGUGUGGCUCUUCAUUGGCUUCAUGCUGGCGUUCGGCUCGCUCAUCGCUUCUAUGUGGAUCUUGUUUGGAGGCUUCGUAGUGCCCAGUAAGUCCAGCAUUCCCACUCAGCAUGUGAUUAUUAUGUACCCCAAACUAAUAGCUCAUCGACAUUGAGCGGUCACUGUGCAAAACAUGGUAAAGAAUGAUAGUAAAGGUAAUUUUUUUCGGUUCUCAGAGAAACCUGUUGUGUAUCCUGGUAUUGCGGUUUUCUUUCAAAAUGCAUUCAUUUUCUUUGGGUAAGUAUUCUUCAACUUUUCUUCAUGUUUUACCUUAAUUAAAUGUUGUUUUCUGUUAAGUUAUAUGUACUAUAGGUAUUCCCUUGGAAUGUAUUUCUGGCCUAGUAGUGCAUACGUCACUUAAAUGUAUUAUAGUCUAAAAUGAACUAUAAUACCUUCAACUGUAACUACAUUACAAUACAUUGUCUAAAAUGAACUAUAAUACCUUCAACUGUAACUACAUUACAAUACAUUGUCUAAAAUGAACUAUAAUACCUUCAACUGUAAUACAUUACAAUACAUUGUCUAUGCUAGUUAUUUUCUCUAAAUAGACACCCACUCUUUCCUUGCAGGGGCUUGGUGUUUAAAUUUGGACGCACUGAAGACUUGUGGCAAUAA